CCAACUUGGGCAAAGCAAGGCACACAGACGCACUGCCACUGCUCUCAGGAACCAGCAUUUGGAGGGUUUGUGCCCAGCCAGCACAUGCAAUGCACUAAAAUGAGGAGUGACGCGGGCCGAGCGGGCUGCCCUCAAGGCAUGUAGCGCCAUGUGCCGCGGCCCGCCGAACCCGCUCACCGUGCCGUGCGCGUCGUGCGGCAAGCCCCUAGACGCGGGCGCCAACUUCUGCACGGCCUGCGGCGCCGCCGCCGGGCGCCCGCCCGCGCCCGUGGCCAGCGGCGCCACAGUACCGCGCCGUACGCCGCGCCCCGAGCCCGUAGCCGUCGCCGUGAAGGUCGACGACGAUGCCAGCGUCGCAACGGCACCGCGCCGGACGCUGCGCGCGCGCGCGUGGCGCGCGCUGUGCUGCGCGCCGCCGGACUGUAGAGAAAGGACGCGAUGGUGCUGCGCGAGGUGGUGCUGCCGCUUGUUCGUUUGGUUUAUAGUAUUGACAGCGGCCGCCGGCGGCUGCGCCGUACACAUCUUAUCGCAGGAGGCCGCCGAGGAGGCGGCCUCGGCCACGGAGGCCGUCUCCACGGCCGCGCGGGCGCCCGGCGCAUCGGCCGGCAACGUCACCUGCACGGCGGCCGCCGACGAAACGCCCUGCCCGACGCCCGCGCCGACGCCGUGCCGCGCGAGCCUCAUCGUCGUCAAAGCCAGAAACUUCAAGAACGACGACGGCGUGGCGAAGCUCUGGGUCCACAACAACAAAGACGAGUGGAACGCCGACAAGGACGACUGGGACGAAGACGACGGCGCGUUUUUUGUGGGGGAGGCGCUCAUCCACAACAAAGAAAAUACGAAUUUUACGGUAUACACGACCGUCGUGCCGGCGAACUACGGCGUGCUGGUACUCCACGACAAGGACGCGAACGGCAAGAUGAAGACCAACGGCGUGGGCAAGCCGCGCGAGGGCGUCGGCGCGUCGCGCGGCGCCGCCGGGUCCUGGACGGGCGGGCCGCGCUGGUCCAAGGCCAAGUUCUGGGUGCCCGAGUGCUCCGUCGUGACGAGCGAGGUCAAGCUGUGGUACGCGUAACGAAUGUGGAUAUAUACGAG